AUGGAAUCGCAUAUAUUCUCAAUUUUUUAUCUAAAUAUACUGUUCAGGUGCUACCAUUAUCGCUCUCUUUUGAUGCCUCGUUUCAUCAAUGGGGUGCUGCUAUCUCAUACAUAUAUUAAUGGUACCACUAAUAGCCUACCAAUAGUAUCAUAUCAUAUGGAUCCCAGUCCAGUCAACUGGUAUUACCAUAAUAUUGAUCUGCCAAACCUUGACCUGCUGAACCCUCACCUUAGGAAGCUUCAUCUGCCUUGCCUUCUGCCUAACCUUCAGCAGACAAGCCAUCUGUUGAUCCUCUUAAGGCACUACCUGAAUCGGCUUCAGUAG